AAUAAUCGCUGCGUUUCGCAUCGAUUUCCGCUCUCCGCUGGAUGCUCCCCGUGAAAUUCGGUACGGACGGCACACGAUGUGUAAACAUUUUUGCGAUGUCUUAGCGCAAUUAGCUGCUCGUUCCGCUCGCUUGGUUACUCUUUAGAUUCAUCCGUAGGCUACUGACUGGUGGCGUGGCUCGCAGUGCUGGAGAUCUAUCGUUCUUUAAAAUUUAACACACCAAAAUGAAGCAUAGCGGCAGCAUCAGUCUUUGCGGAACUGUCGAUUAGAUCGCAUCGCGGCGCGUCCCCAUCACAAUGGCACAUCAGGUUCAAUACUUUAAGCACAAAGACGGCGAAUACGCCCCCGCGUCCAAAGAGUUUACCAAGUCAAAAAAUGCUCAAAAAUGGGAAAAUUUCGUCGCGAAACUGGUGAAAGUGAUAGUGAUGUUUAUUCCCACGCUGGUCAUGGAGUGGUACAAGAUUCUGCUGGGCAAGAAGAAAUACGUGAAAGAUCAGGUUGCCCUGGUGACCGGUGGCGGUAACGGACUGGGUAGGGCUUUGUGUCUCCGGCUGGCCAAGGAAGGAUGUCGAGUGGCGGUGGCUGAUAUCGACAUGAUCAGUGCCGAACGUACAGCUGCAGAAAUCCGCAAAAUGGGACUCAAAUCUGCGGCAUUCAAGGUCGACGUUGGAGAUCAACGGUCCAUUGAGCAGCUGAAGAUUGAUGUCGAAGCGGAGCUCGGUCCGGUGGACAUACUGGUGAACAACGCCGGACUGCUGGCGAUGUUGUCACUCUCGGAGGGAACCACCGAGGAUGUGCAGCGGAUAGUGGAUGUGAACUUUACUUCGCACAUUUGGGCAGUGCGUGCCUUCAAGGACGGCAUGAUGGAGCGCCGCCGUGGACACAUCGUAGCAGUAUCGUCCACGUUCGGUAUCGUCCCGUUCGGGCGCACCGUCUGCUACAGUGCCACCAAAUUCGGGGUCCGCGGCCUUAUGGAAGGUCUCAACGAGGAGUUCUACAUGAACGGCUACUCGAAUGAUAUCCACGUAACCUGUAUCUAUCCGGGCUUCGUCGCCACCAGGAAAGAGUUCAUGGAGUACCUCGAACAGCUUGGCUGUCGAGCUCCGAUUAAUACGCCGGAUGAGGUGGCGGAUGUGGCAAUCGAUGCCGUUUUGCGAAAUCGUUGCGAGGUCAUUACAUCACCGCUGUUCAUUCAAAUCAUGAUCAAGUUCUACACAUUUAUGCCGAAUGAAGUGUCUCGACUGCUGCUCGGAAUGUUCGUCGAUAAAGUGCCUCAGUUGACCAAAUAAAAUGCUUUGUUUAGCUGUGAAGUUAGAUUGCAGCAUUUGUUAUCGUUUGUAAAUAAAUCGAACUGGUUAAUUGAUACCAUUGUGCAAUAAAACACUAUAAACCACUUUUUGUGGCAAAAUCAUUCAAGUCAAUAGGAUGUCAAAAU